AGUCGAGGAGGAAACUACCGGAAGUAAAAGAGUUGCUUUGGGGAGUGGCGGUCGCAGCGGCGGCGGCGAAGUCGCUUUUCUUUUUCUCCUGGGCAAAGUUAAGGCGGGUAGGAGACAACAUGGGCAGGACAGUGACCGUGGCAACGUGUGCCUUGAAUCAGUGGGCGCUGGAUUUUGAUGGCAACCUGGAAAGGAUUUUCAAAAGUAUUGAAAUUGCUAAAGAAAAAGGAGCAAGAUACCGACUCGGCCCAGAACUUGAAAUUUGUGGCUAUGGCUGUUCAGAUCAUUAUUAUGAAUCUGACAUACUGUUACAUUCGUUUCAAGUUUUGGCUAAGCUUUUAGAAUCUCCUGAUACUCAGGACAUAAUAUGUGACAUUGGGAUGCCUGUUAUGCACCGGAAUGUUCGUUACAACUGUAGAGUAAUUUUUCUAAACAAAAAAAUUCUUCUGAUACGGCCAAAGAUAGCAUUGGCAAAUUCAGGAAACUAUCGAGAAAUGAGGUGGUUCACUCCUUGGAAUAAAUUACGGCAUGUAGAAGAAUAUUUUCUUCCAAGAAUGAUCCAAGAGAUUACAGCUCAGGAAAGUGUUCCAUUUGGUGAUGCAGUACUAGCAACUUUGGAUACUUGCAUAGGGACUGAAAUCUGUGAAGAAUUAUGGAUACCAACCAGCCCUCACAUUGAAAUGGGAAUUGAUGGUGUGGAAAUCUUCACAAAUUCCUCUGCAAGUCACCAUGUGUUAAGAAAAGCACAUACUCGAGUGGAAUUGGUGAAUUCUGCAACAGCAAAGAAUGGAGGAAUCUACAUCUUGGCAAAUCAAAAAGGCUGUGAUGGUGAUCGCUUGUAUUAUGAUGGAUGUGCCAUGAUAUCUAUGAACGGUGCUACAGUUGCUCAAGGACAUCAGUUUUCACUGGAUGACAUAGAAGUCCUAGUUGCCACUUUGGAUUUAGAAGACGUCAGAAGUUAUAGAGCAGAAAUAUCGUCCCGAAACUUAGCAGCAAGCAAAGUGAUUCCUUAUCCUAGAAUAAAAGUAAACUUCGCAUUGUCAAGUUCCGAUGAUAUAUGCACACCUACAAGUGAAUCUAUUCAGUGGAAGUAUCAUAGUCCUGAGGAAGAGAUCAGCCUAGGUCCAGCAUGUUGGCUUUGGGACUACUUAAGGUGCAGUAAACAGGGAGGAUUUUUCUUGCCACUUAGUGGUGGUGUGGACAGUUCUGCUACAGCCUGCAUUGUCUAUUCCAUGUGUCUUCAGAUUUGUCAUGCAGUAAAAAAUGGAAAUCAGACAGUUUUGGAUGACAUUCGCAGAAUUGUAAAUGAUGAAAUGUAUAUACCAAAGGAAGCCCAGGAGCUGUGUGGCCGUCUUUUAACAACCUGCUAUAUGGCUAGUGAGAAUUCGUCUCUGGAUACAUAUGACAGAGCCAAGUCUUUGGCUGAAGAAAUAGGCAGCUAUCAUAUCAAUGUAAAUAUAGAUGGUGCAGUAAAAGCCAUUUUGGGGAUUUUCAGUACAGUGAUGGGACGAUCUCCUCAGUAUCAAGUGCAUGGAGGAAGCACAAGAGAAAAUCUGGCUCUACAGAAUGUGCAGGCCAGAAUAAGAAUGGUAAUCGGCUAUCUAUUUGCCCAGCUGUGUCUGUGGACUCGUGGAUUGCCUGGUGGAUUGUUAGUGCUUGGAACAGCUAAUGUGGAUGAAAGCCUUCGAGGAUAUUUUACAAAAUAUGACUGUUCCAGUGGUGACAUCAACCCUAUUGGUGGAAUUAGCAAAACAGAUUUGAAAUGCUUUAUGCAAUAUUGCAUUGAGAAUUUUCAGCUAACAUCCCUCAAAAGUAUUAUAUCAGCACCCCCAACAGCGGAGUUGGAGCCCCUACAGAAAGGAAAUGUUACGCAAAUGGAUGAGGUAGACAUGGGUAUGACGUAUGCCGAACUCUCAGUCUAUGGUAAACUAAGGAAGAUAGCUAAGGCCGGACCUUAUACCAUGUUCUGUAAAGUGGUCACAAUGUGGAAAGAGAUAUGUUCUCCAAGAGAGGUGGCAUCAAAAGUUAAGCAUUUCUUUCAAAUGUAUUCAAUCAACCGACAUAAAAUGACUACCCUUACUCCAGCCUAUCAUGCUGCCAACUACAGUCCUGAUGACAAUCGCUUUGAUCUGAGACCUUUCCUUUACAAUUCUGCUUGGUCCUGGCAGUUCAGGUGUAUAGAUGAACAAGUUUCUAAAUUAGAAGCUAAGCAAGCAAUGGACUUGAAACUUCAGAUCAAAGAUUGAAUUUGAUUUCUCUGUCUUGCUGCUUCAAAUGGAUGAUUUUUGCAGAAUCAUCUGUAAAAUUGAAUAAUACAAUCAAAGAAUGAAGA